CACUGACUCCCUUCUGGCUAAGCUUAUGAGGCCCAAACCAGCAGCAGCCCCCCUCUCUGCCCCAGGGCCCCACCUGGCAAUAGGUCACAAUGCCCCAGCUGCCCCGUCCCAGAAUAGCUGACUGAAAAGAGAGGUGAGGAGGGUUUGGUGGGUGGGUGUGUGGGGAGGGGGAGAUUCCCACCGAGCUCACCCUUGAGUGUCUGCCAGGGCCCCACUCCCUCCCACACACCCACUCCCCACACUCCCUCCCACAUCAGUCCUUCCUGUCACCUCCACCUCCCUCCAUGACCCAGCUCUGCUUACCCAGGCCCAAAGCCCUUGCUUAUCCUAUCCCAGUCCCUCCCAGGGGCCUGGGUGCGGGGGAGGGGUCGUGUAGUCCAGUGGGUCCACGUACAUCCCCCUGGGGCCCUAACCUGGCCCAGCUCCUCGACACCGUCCUAGGGCUGGGGGCACUGGGGCUGACGAUUCGGACAGUCUUUUCCACGGCUGGCCCAGCCUUGCUGCUGCUGCUCAUGGUCAGUUUCCUGGCCUUCGACCUGCUCCACUGGCCCGCAGACGCCCCCCGGCCACAGCACACACUUCUCACGGAAGGCCGGAGUCAGGGGGCCGGUGAGGGUCCGGGACAGCGGGAGGCUGUCCUCCUACCUACGGCAGCGGUGGUCCCAGGAAGACUCAGCCCCCACGAGGCCCUGCUGCUGCUGCUUCUGGGCCUGGGGUUGUUCCUGGGAGCGCGCGGCGUGCCCGUGGCCCUGCUCGGCCUGGCUUUCUGCCUCCAUCCUUGGAUCUGAGUGCCCUCCAGAAAUACACUGGCCAUGCUGCUUCCCAGGUCUCCUUUCCUCCAUCCUGGGCUGAGCACGCAGGAGCGUACAUACCUCUGAGCUCAGGGGACCUCCGGACCCACAAUAUGGACAGUGGACACCUGGGUCUGAGUCUGAGGACAAGAAAUAGAAGGUGCACCAACCAUGAUGGCGCAGCCCCAAGUGGAGACAGAUGCCAUCGGGGCCGGCGAGGGGCCGCAGCAGGCAGUGCCCUGGUCGGCCUGGGUCACGCGGCAGGGCUGGGUGCGCUGGUGCCGGUACCACGUGCCUCGGAGCUGGGCCCAGUGGUGGACCACGUCGGGCUGGCGGCAACCGUUUCAGCGUGUGCUGAGGGGUCUGGAGGGGAUCCUCUACCUGCUGCUGUCCCUGAUGCUGUGCCACGCGCUCUUCACCACCGGCUCCCACCUGCUGAGCUCCUUGUGGCCUGUCGCGGCCGCAGCGUGGAGCCAUCUGCUGCCAGCUGUCCUGCUGCUGGUGCUCAGCGCUCUCCCAGCCCUGCUCUUCACCGCCUCCUUCCUGCUGCUUUUCUCCACGCUGCUGAGCCUCGUGGGCCUUCUCACCUCCAUGUCUCACCCAGACUUCGCUCAGGACUCGGACCAAUAGAAGGGCAACCCCA